AUGUACAACCAACUAGCUACGUUACGCCCCAUGGACACCAAAUCAACACGACAUACGGACUCGAUCUUCAUUCCAUUUAUGUACAAUCUGAACCCCAAACAUGUUCCACAAGUCAUGUGUGGCGUCGAAGGGGUUGACAUCAAGAUGCCUGUGGAUACCGGCUCUACAGGCACUUUGAUAGGCGCCCCGAUACUUCCGAAUAUACCUUCUACUGAGGGUACGCCGGCACACCACUUCUUUACAAGCAGCAAAAUCCUCUACGUAGGGCGACUGGUCAAGCUUCCGCUACACUUCGGCGGCGAGGAUGGCUUAUAUGCGACUGCAGACGUGCCUGUUCUGAUCGUCGACAAGAGUUGGAGAUGCCCUUGGUACGAUCCCCGUAAAGAUCGUUUCGAAUGUCCACUGGGUCCACAUGGAGAGCAGGCCGAAGAGAGAGACACUUCGCAAAUCACCUACAUGGGCGUAGGCUUUGGAAGAAACGGUCCAAAAGAUGGUAUGCCAUACGCGACACCAGAUAUCAACCCAUUCUUGAAUAUCAACGCAGUCGACGGGGAGCCAAUACGACAGAGCAACUUGCAAUCUGGAUACAUCAUAUCGGCCCAAGGUAUCCAGAUAGGGCUGACGCCGAAGAACACAAAGGGCUUCGCAUUCUCUGAUCUAGAGCCAGGCCUCACUCAUGACAAGGAUGCGAGAGAUUGGGCCAUGGCGAAGAUGUGCUUCAGCAUCGACGGCCAAGGGCGGAACUGUGGCACUCUACUAGUCGAUACGGGCAUAUCGCAGAUGUAUAUCAGGGCUGACCAGGGCGUUUCGAUACCAACUGUCUGGAUCCCCAACCCCAACCCAAAUGGCCAAGCCAGCAAGUUGAAGCGUGUGAAGCCUGGGACCAAUAUCAUGAUUGGGUUUCCGUCGCUGGACCGACCAGCGACUUCCUACUCCUUCGUCGUUGGCCAAAAUGCGGCCAUCGAACCAACGUAUGUGUUUCCACAACCGCCAGAACAUCCCCCUUAUGUGAACACUGGGCGGAACUUGUUGUUUGGCUACUCGAUAGCUUUCGAUGCGGUCGGAGGGCGGUUCGGGUUUCGUCCGGCUGGCAAUCAUGCCUCUUCUGUACUUUAG